GAAGUGAGCUACUGCCAAGGGAUGAGCCAGAUUGCAGCCAUCCUGCUGAUGUACUUGAACGAAGAGGAUGCAUUUUGGGCACUGGCACAGCUACUGACCAACCAGCGUCAUGCCAUGCAUGGUUUUUUCAUUCCUGGGUUUCCGAAGCUGCAGAGGUUUCAAGCUCACCACGAACAGAUUUUAAGCAAACUGUUUCCCAAACUGAAGAAGCACAUGGACAAGGAGCAGAUGACUACAGGGAUUUACACGACCAAGUGGUUCCUGCAGUGUUUCAUUGACCGGACUCCCUUCACCCUCACCUUGCGCCUGUGGGAUAUCUACAUCCUGGAAGGAGAGCGGGUACUGACGGCCAUGGCUUACACCAUCCUCAAACUGCACAAAAAGCGUUUGCUGAAGAUGACACUGGAAGAUUUACGUGAGUUUCUGCAGGAGAAGAUUGCUGCUUCCCUGCAGUAUGAGGAUGAUGCUGUCAUCGAGCAGCUGCAGGUGUCAAUGACUGAACUGCGCAAGAUGAAAUUUGACCUCCCCCCACCAGCAAAGCCUGAGGAGUUUCCACGGAAACCUCUGGGCCUGGAGCUCUCUCUGAACCCAGUAGCUGUAAAGGACAACACUGCAGCCAACAGCCAGAAUGGCCGGGUGGGUGAGCACACCCCGGACAGGGAGCUCCAUCCCCACAGAGUUCCUGCGGCACCAGGAGGAGUGACGGUGGUGGAGGAGAGAAUUCCCACCCUCCAGGGCACUGAGGCAGCUGAAGCAACGAAUCUGCCUCCUCCUGGCAGCUGCCAGCAGCUCUCUUGCACACCGCAGCCCAACGGCUCCCCCGAGAGCGAGCGCAGGCAGGCGGCGGAUGAGGAGCACUGCAGAGCGGUGCGGCCGGACAAAACAGCCUUGAAGCGCUCAACAUCCAAAGCUGCAUCCACAGGAGAGCUCACCAGCCUGCAGCAGAACGGGCUGGGGAGUGCCCCCAGCACUGUGCACUGGCCCCAGGGCCUGGGUGUGCUGCCUGCGCACAGGCUGGCGGGCGGCAGCGUGCCCAUUUUAGCCGGCAGCGAGUCGGAGGCAGCAGGACUGGGUGAGGGCUGCCCCAUCCAGAGGGCACCGUCCCCCGUGGUGGAGGGGAACAGCCCCUACACUGUCAUCAAAACCACCACUCCCCUCCACGUGGCCCACGCGACAGAGCAGGACUUCUUGAACAGAAAGCAGGUGGCAUUGCCUCUGUCAGAGACUGGACAUCCCCAUCCCGCCACCUCCAUGGCACCACCUGUUUUGCUGGACCAGGAAGAGGCAGAUGUCCAGGAAAGUCUCCAGAAACCAUUAAAUGCACUGAAAGCCCCACGACCCCCCCUGAGCCCCAAACCAAAAUUACUGCCACAGGUUGCCAAAUCCCACUCAGAGAACAGUUUCCUUUCAGGCUCUCCUCCCCCAGCCAAGCUGCCCAAAUCGGUGACGUUUUAG